UAUAUUUUUAAUGUAUUUUACGUUUUAGUAUUUUAUUUAGUAAAAUGAAGUUAAUUUUUAAAAUUGAUAAAUUUGUAAUAUUGUAAAAAAUGUCGUCUGAUUCCGACGGGUUUGAUUUACACAUCCAGGCCCUGGAGGAAUGGUAUAAAAAUUUGAGUAGUGAAUCAAAAAGCGAUCUUUCACUUAUCAAAUACAAAGAUUUACCGAAGGAUAAGGAGAAAUAUUAUAAAACCAUAGAAUCCUAUAAAGAAAAGUGUUUAGCUCUUUGUUUAGUUGGAAACGUGUCAUUCAUUAAUUCAGUAAUAGACUCCCCCUUGUUUAAAGGUUUAUGCAUAUCGUUUUUCGAUAAGUAUUACAAGGAUAAGUACGAGCCUCUUCUAAUAUUUAAAUUUCUAAUUUCUAAGUUAAAGCCAACAGUUGAACAUUCUUACAUUAAAAUUACUCCUCUCAAGAAAGGUGAAUACUAUUUUAAACUUUUAAGAGCCUUUCAAACGUUUAAGGCCCACUUUGAUCUCAUGACAAUGAUUUUCGUCUGUAUAUGCCGUAAUAAUGGAAUUUGUUCGAGAAUCGUUUGCAAAUAUCCCUCAAAUUUCAACCUACAAUUUAUAAAGAAUAAAGGAGUUUGGUGUGAGUUUUUUGACACAAAGGAAAGAUUCUGGAAGUAUGUAGAUUUUUCAGGGCCAAAAUUCGAUAUCUCAACUUAUUCAUACUCUGAUUCACCCAAAUCAGAGGACAAAUCGGACCUAAAUAGGGCAACUAAGAAACUUAGAACUGAAAAUGUAAAUAGAAAUUCUAACGGAGUAUCAAAAGAUCGUGAGAUAUCUUUUGAAAAUAACUCUGAAACAUCUUAUAAGGGUUAUUUAUACAUUCAAAGGGGUAGAAAGAUGUUCAUAUAUAACAUGAAUAACAAGUUGGAGGUCAAGGCCAUUGUGGUGUUCCCAAGCUAUAACUAUAAAAUCAGCAGAAUGUUACGUGUAAAGGACUUUCCAUUUGAACUUGUUAACGCAGCCCACUCACUCAAAGUUUCCAUCAUAAAUAAUAAAAAUUAUGGUACUAUCGGACUCAAUAAAAAUUUAUUCAUUUUAAGUUGUAACAUAUGUGGAAUAGUGUCGGAGAUAACACCAAAAUACGUCCAAGAGUGUCUGUUAUAUCAGAGGAGAAGCUCUUUCAUCGAAUGGUUUGACGAAUUUCUGUUAAGUUUAAACCAGAGGAGAAUACGCCGUCUCACAAGUUCAUUUGAUAAAUCUGGGUUCGACUCUUUUAAUUUGGCUGAAAGACUUGACAUUCACGUAAUCAACGCAAAUAUGUUGGAAAGGGUUGAUGCCAAGCUUAUAAAUAUUUUGAAGAAAACAUAUCCCAUCCCAAGAUCAAAGGUCCAUUUCACUAACCACCCCAUUUAUGUACUUAAAUCACAGAUAAAGAAAAACUUUAUUCUUAAGGAGAAUAGUGUUCCUAUAACCAGUUUUGGGGAUGACUCAGUAUAUCUAAAAGAGAAUUUGGUAGAAAUUAAGACGAAACUGGGCUGGCACAAGGAAAACAGAAGAGUUAUUUCGGGCUCAAAUCCAGUUCACACAACACAUUCAAGACAUAAAGUUUCCGAGUAUUACAGUAUUGAUCAGACUGAAGAGUUAAAACAGGAACACAUUGACCAAAUAGACAGAUUUACUAUCAACUUAACUGGAAACAGGCACGUACCUGAGAACAGUGUGUAUAUAAAGAGCGAGUAUUACGAGAAUUUGGAGAACAUUUGUAAGAGGAACAAGAUAUUUUUUAAGAGGGCUUUCUCCUCAUUUCAUUACGAAGAUGGGUCUGUGAAGGCCAAAAUCAACGGAGUGUUGAUUAGAGCAAGUGACCUCCAGUCAUUUUUAAAGCUGUACGAUGAGUACAUAGAAUCGAUUUCCGAGAAUGAGUUGUAUGAGGAGCUAGAAAAUAGCCGUAAAUUUUGGAAAAACGUAUUCAAAACACUUUUAAACACACCUCCAGUAAAUAAACCCAAAACUCACAGAGAUUUAAGAACUAAAAUCAACUCCGAGACUGAUAAGUUUUUAAAUCAACUAAACUAGUUGCCCUGUACACCAUCCG